AUGAGCGACAUCGAGAAAAAAGGCACACAAGCCGCCGACUACCAAGAACAAAUCGACUCCCUCCAACGCCAGAAAGAUGAAGGCACCUUCGUCCCUCCUACCCCCGAAGAAGAGAAACGGGUCAUCCGCAAACUCGACUAUCGCCUCCUCCCUCUCGUCUUCGUCCUCUACUCCCUCGCCGUCCUCGAUCGCUCGAACCUAGGAAAUGCGCGCCUUGCGGGAAUGGAGGACGACAUUGACCUGUCAGGCAAUCGAUACCAACUCCUCGGCACAAUCUUCUACAUCGCGUACAUCCUAUCGCAAUGGACCUUGAUCGGGUGGAAACAGUUCAAACCGCAUAAUUACUGCGCGGCUGUCACUUUGUUCUGGGGUUUCGUCGCAACAAUUCAGGCUGCAGCUUUCAACUGGGAGAGUCUCAUGGUCUGUCGUUUCUUCCUCGGAGUUGCGGAAGCAAUGUUUGGACCUGGCGUUCCAUUGUAUCUCACGUACUUCUACCCGCGUGAGCUGGUCGGUUUUCGCCAUGGUGUUUUCAUCUCUGGUGCUGCGAUGGCGAAUGCUUAUGGUGGAGCGCUGGCUUAUGGCAUUAGCCAGAUUAAGGGCAGUCUUGCGCCGUGGAAAAUUCUGUUCUUGAUUGAGGGACUGCCGACUUGUGCUUUUGCUGCGGUGGCGUGGUGGUUCUUGCCGGAUAGUAUUAGUAGUGCUCCGUUCUUGAAUGAGAGGGAGAAACAGGUUGCGUUGCAUUUUGUGGCACGGAAUCAGAGGCUUGAUGUCGGGAAGGAGAGGGGUGUGAGGUUUAGAGAGAUGAUGGAGGUGUUCAAGGAUCCAAAGAGUUUCUUGCCGGGGAUUAUGUAUUUCGGGUGCAACGUCUCCUUCGCCUCGCUGCCGCUGUUCGUGCCCACUAUCAUCGCAGAAAUGGGCUCCUUCACGCGAAUCCAGUCCAACGGUCUUAGCGCGCCGCCAUAUGUGCUUUGCUUCUUCGUCAUCAUCCUCCUCUGCUGGCUCUCGGACAAGUACAAAGUACGAGGACCAUUCGUUGCCCUGGCAGCGACGAUAGCGGCAAUAGGUUUCAUCAUCAAUGCGACAACGGAGACGACAGCACCGCGAUAUACCUCGGUCUUCUUGUCGGUGUGCAUAUUCGCGUCUGUCGCGCUGCUUCUGGCGUGGACGGCGAAUAUCCACGCGACCGAGUCGAAACGUGGUGGUGGGUAUACGAUUCUGGCGACGAUUGGGCAGUGUGGACCGUUGCUGGGUACGAGUGUGUUCCCGCCGAGCGACAAGCCGUUUUAUCGGAAGGGGAUGUGGAUUUCGGCGGCGAUGUGUUUGAUGGUUGCUGUGGUUGCGGGGAUUCUUCGCUGCUGGAUCAUAUAUGAGAACAGGCAACUGGAGAAGGAAGGUGCGGUUGAUGAUGAGAUUGAUACCGAUGUCGCUGAGGCGGAGGGACAUCAUGUUAAGCACAAGCUUGUGUGGUAG